UACUAAAACCCUCGAAAACCCCUCAUAAACCCUCCCUUUCUCUCCCUCUUCCCCUGUUCGGGACAUUGUUUCCGAACAGUAUAUAAUUAUACUAAUAAUACAAUGGCGUCCAACGUCAAGAACCCUUUUGCUCUUCUUGACGCCGUUGGCGAUGAUGAUUCGGAGUUGACCCUCCUCGCCGCCGACUCUUCUAAAUUGUUGCGGUCCCCAGCCGCCAAGUCCUCCCCGUCGCAGGGCACUCCCCUGUCUCAACCCCAACAUGAUGGGAGACAAAGAGGAAGAGGAAUUCCAGGUGGCCAGCAAAAUGGUUUGCUGAAAAUUCAUGAAGGGGGAAAAUCUCAGGAUGAAAGGAAUGGUUACAGACGCCAUAAUGAGCAAGGUUAUCAACCACGGGUAGCAAGCAAUGGACAAGGUCACUCUAAUGGCCGAAGUGAGGGUUACAAUCAAUAUGAUAGAAGGGAUAAUGGUUCUCAGCAGCAGAACAUUGGCAGUAAUGGUUACAGAAAGAAUAGCAUUCAUGAGCAGAAUUGGGCUGAUAGCUUGAAACCAUCCAGGAGUGAACAAAGAGGAAGUAGGAGUUACAAUCAAUAUGAUCAAAGAGCUUAUGGUCAUCAGCAGCAGAACAUUGGCAGUAAUGGACCUAAUGGUUACCGAAAGAAUAGCAUUGACCAGCAGAAUAAUGCUGAUAACGUGAAGCCUAGGAGAAACUCAUCUGGAACUGAGCACAAUGGACAUGUCCAGGGAGAGAGGCAAAUAGUAGGAGGCAGAAAAACAGGUUCCAAUGAGGACAACCAACAUGAAAGCAAAUUGGUAGACGGAGAUUCUGGAAGCAGCCAGGAGAGGGUUACUGAGAAUAAAAGUGACCAGGAAGAGUGGCAAGAAGUAAAAAGAGGCUGGAGAAAAAGUAUCAAUGAGGGCAUUCAACAUGAAAGCAUUAGUGAAGGCAUCCAGAAUGGAAUCAACUUGGUGAAGGGAGAUUCUGGGAGCAGUCAGGAGAAGUUUACUCCGAAUAGAUUCUAUGGAGAAGAUUCCAAUAAAACUGGAAAUCAGAGGUUUGAUUCCAGCUUGGAGAGGAGGAAUAAUCGAGGUGGAAACAGGGGGAACUGGAGUCAUAAGAGUAGGUCCUUUGAUAGACGCGGAAAUGGUGAAGUGAACACUCCAAAUAUUGAGACGGGACAAAGUGCCAAUAUGGAAAGGAAAAAGAGAGCUGUGGAGAUGAAAGAGGCAGAGCCGAAGGAAAAUCAAGUAGAUUCUCCUCUUAAAAGUGGUGCUAAAGAUCAGAUGGAAGAGUCAAAGUUAAUGACUCUGCGGCAAUACGAGGAACAGCUAUUUGCAAAGACGGUGGCACUGGAAGCUUUGAAGACAGAGGAAAGAAAAGUGACAAUGGACAAGGAGUUUGAGUCAAUGAAGCUUGUUGGAAGGAAGAAAGAAGUCACUGGCCUUGAAAAUUCAAAUUCUGAGAAAGAAAAGCCCAAGAAAGAAGUUAAACUUAACAAGGACAAGAAGUUGGGGAAGGUUCCGGUGAGCAUUGAAGAAUUCAAGAGGAACAUGUUUCGUGGUUAUCAUGACGGGGGUAGACGUGGUGUGCGAGCUGAGAAUGGAAGUGCAGGACGGGCAAUCCCUGCCAGGGAAGACAGGGGAAGAAGACGCGGUGUGCCAGCCGAGAAUGGACGUGCGAUCCCUGCAACGGAAAAUGAGGCUAGACGGGAUGUGCCGGCUGAGAAUGGAAGUAAAGGGAAGGAAAAUCCAGCUCCUCCCCACCCCACUCCCCAUCGCUCUCCGCCUCCCCCUGAUGUUAUGGAUUCCAGCCAGUUUCCGGUAUUGAAAUCCAGUGUGAAGGAAGUUGCAUAACUCUACGAUUCGAGCUUUUGAGGAACGGACAUUUUCCACAUCGGGACACUAACUAUCUCUUAUACUUAGUUAAAUCAGUCAUACUUUAAAAUGAUAGGCGAAUUCCCAAUUGAUCUAUGCAACAUCAAUAUAUUACUCGAGAUUUGUCCGUUAUAGAAUUUCAUCAGCAACUCUAUUCAGGAAUAAAUACUGCUACUUCUUUUUCUUCCCUUUCUUUUCUAGAAGCUAAGUCCUGCUGUAGUUGAAAUAAAGGGUAGGGAUACAUAUUUCUGUUCUGGAGCUUAACAUGGCUUUUCCUUCCAACCAAAUACCAUCACUAGUGUGGUGGUUGAUAAUGGAUAAGCUUGAGCAUCAUUACCUCGUCUAAAGUAUAAAUUUUCCUGGCUUAUUGUUUAAUUCUUCUUCUGAGAUGAAUGUGUCAAAGAAAGCGACUUAUGUGCUUAAUUACAACCUGUAAUUCAUUCGUG